AUGUCGUCUCACGGAUCCGAACGAGGUAUUCGGCGGGAAAAUCUUAGGACUGAACUAAUGCAAGGACCUCGAGAUGGAAGCUUGGGUGCUGGUACAAGCAACAUAGGUCAAUACUAUAGUUUAAUGACCCUUAAUGAGUUCCUCAAGAGUGGCCCACCUCGGUUUAAUGGAAAUGCCAAUGCGUUACAGGCUGAUCAGUGGUUUCAAGAUGUGGAGAGGUUUUUAUACACUCAGCACAGACCGGAAGCACAAUCGGUGGAAAUAGUGACUUACAUGUUGGAGGGAGAUGCUCAGAAGUGGUGGCAGGAGUUAUAUUAUACCUUGCAGAUGGAGUUAACAGAUAUCCCUUGGCAUAGAUUCAAGACUGAAUUUUAUGGAAAAUAUUUCUUAGAUGCACUUCGCAUUGCAAAGGAGUUGGAUUUAAUGCAGCUAAAGCAAGAGAAUAUGUCUGUUGCUGACUAUACCCAUGAAUUCGACAACCUGUGUCGUCUCUCAAAAGUUUGUCAAGAAAAUCCAGCCGACUAUGAGGCGUGGAAGUGUGCUCAGUAUGAGAAAGGACUUAGGAGAGACAUUUUCAACUACGUGUAUCUGGAGAGUUUAACGAAUUUUACUAAAUUGGUUAAGAAAAGUCAAUUCGCAGAAGAUUACUCCAUGAAGUGGGCAAUGCUACAGGAAAGCUAUGGAGAGACAACUCCAGAUAGGAAACGCCGGGAUGCAGCCGAAUCCGAUUCUCAGACCUGA